AUGGCGACCGGGGCCCGGCGAUCAUUUGCUGCGGAUGAUAGGCGGAAAUCGGGGCGCCGGGAUUAUGGCAGCCAUGACCGGAUCAUUCCCCACAUGGCCCCCGUCCCUCCCUCCCCUACCCUUCCGCUUAUAGCCCGGACCUGGAGGCUGGAGGAUGGCAGCCAUCCAGUCAGUGCUACAUCGCGGAUAAUGAUCGCGAUACGGCACUGUUGGCAAUGGCGAUUGAGCGUCGUACAUCACUGGAGCCCAGACUGGGAGUACCUUUUCGGCAAGGCCUGGAAAGGAAGGAAGGAACAUGAAGCUCAAGUGGAUCCCACGGGACUUCACCAACGUCAGGCAGAGGUACGUAUCGUCGCUACUGGUCCGGACCGCCUGACCAGGGUUUACCGUAGUUACAUCCCCAACGGCUCUCCUCCACCGGCGAGUCAUCGCUGGCAUCCCUCUCGUACCAGGCCUUUCCCGGCACGUCAAGGCACUUUUGGUCAAUCAUUAAUGAUGUGUGCGGCACCCGCCCCUCGGCCCUCUCUCUGCCCGCUGCACGACGGCUCUGACAGGAGACACCUCGUUCCCGAACCGGCUCAGUACUUUGCUACGUUUCCGAAAACAAAGGGGGCCGAAGAAAUUCAAAUCAUCAAGUGGUACCUGCUCAAGGGAUUCAAUACCCUGACACGUCUUGGCCUACCCAUACACAGGAGAAGCAUUCCUGGAGAGCCCCAGCAGAAGUAUUCGAAACAUGGGGGCCCGGCGACUGUGCUCGACUACUUGUCGCUGCAGACCUUCUCAAAGCGCCAACACGGCCGCGGCUAUCCGCUAAGCAUCCUCAAGAGGCGAACCAACUUCAUGGAACACCUUGAAUCCGUCAAAGGAAUGCCCUGA